CUCAGCUCAGUUAGAGACCGAUGGAAGAGACGCAGAACAUGGAGAAUCACUUUAAUGAUUCCGCCAGUUCAGACAGCAACGACUGCCAGAGGGUAGACCAAUAUGGAUUUGAGAGAGCGGAAGAUUUCAACUAUGAAUCCUAUGAGGACUUUAUGUCCAGGCAUUUAGCUGUUGUCACUAGAAGGUCAAAGAAGUGGACGAAACUUUUGCAGGGCACUGUAAAAGUUGAGAAAAACAUAAAAGUGAAGCGAUAUGUGAGGAAAGGGGUUCCAUGUGAACAUCGCACUCAGAUCUGGAUGGCAGCUAGUGGAGCCCAGGACCAGCUGGACAGAAAUCCUGGCUACUAUCAUUCUCUAUUAAAGGCUGAGCAUGACCCUAAAAUAGAAGAGGUUAUACGUGCUGAUAUGCACAGAACCUUUCCUGACAACAUUCAGUUCCGUGCCUCCUCCGAGCCAUGUUUACAGAAAGCCCUGUUUAAUGUACUACUGGCCUAUGGAUACCACAAUAAGGAUGUUGGUUACUGUCAGGGAAUGAACUUUAUUGCUGGAUACCUCCUCAUCAUCACCAAAGAUGAAGAGAAGUCUUUCUGGUUAAUGGAUGCUUUAAUUGGCAAGAUCUUACCAGACUAUUACACACCAACAAUGCUGGGGCUUCAAAUGGAUCAAGAGGUGCUUGGAGAGCUUGUCAGGAUGAAGGUUCCUGCUGUCUGGCAGGUCAUGAAUAGACACAAUGUAAUGUGGACCCUGGUGGUUUCACGCUGGUUCAUCUGCCUGUAUGUGGACAUACUUCCUGUAGAGACAGUGCUGAGAAUAUGGGACUGCCUGUUUUACGAGGGAUCCAAGAUCCUGUUCAGAGUGGCUUUGACGAUGAUUCGUCACAAUGAGAACCUCAUCUCACAGGCACAGAGUCUCUCAGAAAUCUGCGAACGCUUCAAACAGAUCACUCAUGGGGAGUACGUAGAGGACUGCCAUACAUUCAUGCAGAAAAUCUUUAUGGAGCCCGGAGGUCUCUCUACAGCAACAAUUACUAAACUCAGGAAGAUGUGCAGGAAUCGCAUUACUUCUGCUUGAACAUGAAAUACAGUUCUGCAUGUUCAGCAUGUGAGAUGAGAAUCUAUUACUUAAUGUGUGGAAAAACUUUAUGGUAUGUUAAGAUUUUAUAUGAAUAUUUUAAACAUAAUGAAAGGGAUACACUACCUUUCAAAAGUUU